UACACAGUGACAUGUAGUUACUUUACAGUCAGUCUGAAUGAAGGAGCUAACAGACUGAAAUGGAGUUAAGAAAAAUUAAGGACCAGAGUCCGUUGGUCCAGGCUAUAUUCAGCCGCAAUGCUGAGGAAGUGUCAUUUUUGUUGAGCCAUAAUGAAGAUGUCAAUUCAUUGGACCAAGAGCAAAGCACACCACUUCAUACUGCUGCUUAUUUGGGCGAUGUCCACAUUAUGGACAUACUUAUCACUUCAGGUGCUAAUAUCAACACUAAGGACCAGGGUUUGCUGACUCCUCUGCAUCGAGCUGUUGCCUCAAGAAAUGAAAGGGCUGUGGAGCUGCUGCUGAAACACAAAGCAGAGGUCGACACACGAGACAGCUUCUGGCACACACCGUUACACAUGGCAGCAGCAAACUGGGCUACAGGCAGCGCUGAAGCUCUGAUACCACAUUUGUGCAGCCUGGAUGUUUCUGACAGAUCAGGAAGGACACCUCUGCACCAUGCAGCGCACAGCGGCCAUGAAGAGAUGGUGAACUUGCUUCUCAACAAAGGUGCCAACGUGAGUGCCAAAGAUAAAAAGGAAAGGCAGCCGAUACACUGGGCUGCACACUUAGGACAUGUGGAGGUUGUGAAGCUGCUGGUGUCUCACAGUGCAGAUGUGACUUGCAAGGACAAACGUGGUUACACUCCGCUCCAUGCUGCAGCUGCCAGUGGACAGUUAGACGUGGUCAAAUAUUUGUUGAGGCUGGGGGUGGAGGCUGAUGAGCCCAACACCUUUGGGAACACGGCCCUCCACAUGGCGUGCCACAUGGGACAGGACACUGUGGCCAAUGAGCUGGUGAACUAUGGUGCUAACAUCAACCAGCCAAAUAACCACAGCAACACACCGCUGCACCUGGCCGCCGCCUCCUCCAGCGGGGUGCUGUGUCUCGAGCUGCUCAUUAACAAUGGUGCUGAUGUCAACAUGCAGAAUAAAGAAGGGAAGAUACCUUUGCAUAUGGCUGCUAUGCACGGGCGCUUCACAGGCUCCCAGAUUCUUAUCCAAAAUGGUGCGGAGAUUGACUGUGUUGAUAUAUAUGGAAAUUCUCCUCUUCAUGUUGCUGCCAGAUAUGGUCAGGAGCUGCUGAUCAGCACUCUGCUGACAAAUGGUGCUGACAAAGCCAGACAAGGGAUUCAUGGGAUGCUUCCACUACAUAUGGCGGCGCUGAACGGCUUUCCAGACUGUUGUCGCAAGUUGCUAUGUAACGGCCAGUUUUACAGCAUGCUUCCGUCUCCAACAAGUGGCCAGACGCCUUCAUUUGGGUUUGAUAUAAACACUCCAGAUGACGACGGGAGGACCUGCCUCCAUGCAGCGGCCUCUGGAGGAAAUCUUGACUGUCUCAACUUGCUGUUAAAUAGCGGAGUUGAACUGGAUGUAAAGGAUAAUUUGGGAAGAUCUCCUUUGCACUACACUGCAGCCAACGGGAACAGUCAGUGCACAAUAACCUUGGUGAGAGCCGGUUCUGAGGUCAACGAGCUAGAUCUGACUGGCUGCAGCCCUCUGCACUACGCCGCUGCUUCACACACUUUCUGCGGAGGGGAAACAAGAUCUGAGCCUGAAUACAGAGUUGAAAAGGAGCAUGAAGCUUCUCUGUGUUUAGACUACUUGCUGGACAACGGGGCGAAUCCAACUUUAAAGAACAGUAAAGGUUACAGUGCCGUCCACUAUGCAGCAGCUUAUGGGAACAAACAGCAUCUGGAACUGCUCCUGGAAAUUUCUUUCAACUGUCUGGAAGAAGUUGAAAGUAAUAUUCCAGUCAGUCCUUUGCACUUAGCUGCGUAUUACGGUCACUGCGAGGCCCUGAGCUUGCUGUGUGAGACAUUAGUGAGUCUGGAUGUGCGAGACAUUGAAGGCCAAACUGCUCUCCACCUCGCCUCUCAGAGAGGUUUUGCCCCGUGUGUGGAAGUGCUGCUGAAACAUCAAGCUUCCUACACACUGAAGGAGCACAAACACAAGAGGACAGCUCUCCAUGCUGCAGCUGCUGAAGGCCAAAUGGACUGUCUGCUUUUACUGGUCAACAGAGAACAAAGUGCCGAUGUCAUCGACAGUCCAGAUACACAGGGACAGACGGCUCUCAUGCUGGCAGCUCUGGGACUUCACACUGACUGUGUCCACAUCCUGCUGGAGAAAGGAGCAAAGGCGGAUGCUGGAGACAAAAAGGGCUUCACUGCAUUACACCGAGCUGCCAUGUUGGGCAGUGACGACUGUGUCUCUGCUCUGUUAGAACAUGGGGCCUCAGCUCUGUGUCGAGACUCUCAGGGAAGAACCCCGCUUCACCUCGCAGCCUCCCGCGGCCAUAUGGAGCUACUCCACAGUUUGCUGAAGGCCGCCUUGGAAGCUGACCCUCUGGACUCCAUGCUGGACUACAGAGGCUACACGCCUGUCCACUGGGCUGCCUACCAUGGACAUGAAGGAUGUUUACGCAUUUUACUUGAAAACAAACUUUAUAGCAACCAAGAAGGAAACUCUUUCACACCAUUGCACUGUGCUUUAAUAAAUGGACAGGAUGUUGCUGCUGGACUUAUAGUGAAGACUGUUGGCCCUCAAUUUGUUAAAAUUAGCGAUGCCAAAGGAAGGACUCCGCUGCAUGCAGCUGCUUAUUCAGGGAACAUCGCUGGGCUCCAGCUGGUCCUGGCCCAGGGUGCAGAGGUCAAUGCUGUGGACCACUGUGGACGCUCUGCGCUGAUGGUUGCUGCUGACUGUGGACACACCACAGCUGUUGAGUACUUGCUGCACAAGGCGAAGCAAGACCUGACCCUGGUGGAUGUCAAUAAUAACACAGCCCUUCACUUAGCCUGCAGCAAGGGUCAUGAAAUGUGUGCCCUGUUGAUCCUGGGAGAGAUCAACGAUUCAUCCCUCAUCAAUGCAACAAAUAGUGCUCUCCAAAUGCCCCUUCACAUCGCAGCGAGGAAAGGCCUGGCGACUGUAGUGCAGGUGUUACUCAGCAGAGGAGCAGCAGUCAUGGCUGUAGAUGAGGAAGGCCACACGCCUGCUCUGGCUUGUGCCCCGAACAAGAACGUGGCGGACUGCCUGGCCCUCAUCCUCUCCACCAUGAAGCCUUUUCCUGUCAGAGAGGCUGGUGCAGCCACCCGCUUCAACCCCAUCCUGAAGAACUGCGGCAUCGCUGCCACCUGCGGGUCUGGUGGAAACAUGUGUCAUGCCUAGGAUAAGGACCGCUCAAGCAUCAUCAGCCUUCAUGGGUGCCUCACAGAGUGAAAUUACAUGCCAACCCAGAGUCUCCAUGUGUAACCACACACACAUACAUGUGUCCUUGAACAUGCGGUUAUCAAUGCUUCUUCUCUCAUGUGUCAUGACGUGUGUCACAUGCAGCUGUAUGUACAGUCUGCACUCUUUGAAAUCUUGUCUUAUGCAUUUCUGAUAGUACCAGAGCUCUUAGAUUCUCUUCUCUGAGUUUAUUGUAGCACAUAUAUAUGUUAUUUUAUUGAAGUACUAACAUUAGAUAGAAGUUUAACAUGAACACAUUACACAAGCCCGUCCUCUUGAACCCCGUCCGCUGCCAGUAUUGAUUUAUUUUUAACUCUGAGCCUGAAAUUUCUAUAUUGGUCCUCGGCUGAUACAAGUGCAAGAAUAGUUGAAUGAUUGCGUGGUUAAUUUGCGUACAUGUGUGUGAGUCUGCAAGUGCAUUUUUUGCAUACUAGACAUUAUUUCUUAUUCUUGUUUUAAAUUAUCUAAUGGGUGUAGUUAACCCUUUAUGCAAUUAAUAAGACUAUAUUUUCUUAUCCUCUCCAGGGUGUAGCAGACACUACACUGAUCUCUUAUUAUUCUAAUAUCAUGAUCUUCAUAAAUUACAUUUCAGCAUGUGUAUAGUUUUAAUGAUAUAGUUUAGUGUGUAUAUAUAUAGUUCUUGAAAUGAAGUAAUAACCUCAGAUCAGUGUGUACUGUGUUGUAGGUGCAAUAAAAAGCACAUCUUGAGCUGGACUUCACAGAAGAAAUACAAAGUAUGACAGAAAUGUAUUACUACAGUUAAAUAAGCCAGGAAACAAAUGAAAAGUCAAAGAGAACUUAUGGAAAUAUAAUAUAUGUUUUAAUAUGAACAGUUUUAACGCACAGGGAGAAGAGUCUUUCAGGCUUCGAGCAUGAAAGUAACUAUGUAUGCAACAAAAAAAUUAAUUUCAUUUUCAUUUAAUCGGUUGAUUAUUUUUUAAAUGAAUGGUGAAGUCCAUAAAAAGACAAUGCACAUUUUAAGUUCUCAGAGCCCAAUGUGACAUCAUCAAAUCAGUUUUUUUGUCUAAAACCCAAAGAUGAUCAAUUUACACUGAUGAUAAAAGACCAGAAAAAGCGGCAAAUCGUCAUAUUUAAGAAGCCAAAAACGAGCAAAUGUUUGGCAUUUUAUUAUUAAUUAAUUAAUUAAUAGAUUAUCACAAUUUUCAGUUAUUUUUGACUAAUCAGUUUGUUUCAGUGUCAUUUCACCUUUCUCAUCAUGAUGUUGUCUGUACAAUGAGAUGAAAUAUAACACAUUUUUCACUGCCGAUGCAACAAGUAAUCUCAGUGAAACACUAGGAAGUGAAAUCACUGCUCUGAAAUGUGAUUUUUCAGUUUCAUGGCUCAGUGAAAAAUCGUGUGUGGCUACAUUUCCUUCAUCCAAAGUGAGAAUAAGCUGCACAUUUCAGUUUCAAUUUUUUGACAUUCUAUUAAGUAUUUCUGAUAUUUCUAAGAUUGAAAUAAAAAUGGGCAUAAUUUAGUUUUUACUUGUUAAAUAAAUUAGCACAAUAUACCUGACGUUGUACUAAAAUGUCACUGCCUCACCCCACAAAGAUUACAUUUAUACAAACAGAGUUAUGCUUUAAACGUUUACCUUUUUAUGAUUCUAAAGCUGUAUAUAGACACAGCCUGUGAUAUUUUCUCCUUUUGCUAAUUGUGACCCCCUCCCCUUCCAAAGUAAUGCCCACUGUAUUAUCUUAAAAUGGCUUUAAACUAUUUGCACUCUAACAUGAAAGUUUACAUUUUACUGUUGGCUAUCCCUCAAAGGUUUAUGCAAAUAAUCUAUACAAUUUUAAAAUUAAAAAUUUUACUUUCAGAUAAAAGUAAUAAUCAAUUCAGUGUGAGUGACUUCUUCCUUGUUUUAUUUGGAUUAAAUAAAUUUAGAACUCUCAGAUUUAUGUUUUAAACUGCAGUGAAAUGUUUUGAAUGAUAUUUGCCUUCAGGAAUUGUGACAGCUCUUCGUUUGUCUUCCAUACAUCAUAGUGAGAUUUCAGGGCAUAACAACUUGAUUACUCAAUGUAUGAUUUAGUUGUGGAUGGCAUUUAUAUGAGAAGAAAUAAAGAGAUCACUACA